UUUUUUUUAUAUAUAUAUUAUGUUAAUGCGAAAUCAAUUGUAGCAGAUACUAUAGAUAUUUGGCUGGCUUUUCUCUCUUUCUCUCUCUCCAAAUAUUUUAAUACUUAGUUCUCUCUGUCUGCCUAGAAAACAUUGAGUCUUUUUUUAAUUUGCUAUAGCUCACUGCUCUCUCUCCCUCUCUCCUCUCUCUCUCCAUGUCUAUAGGCGCAUAAAGUUUUGAUUUUUUUUUACUAUGCAGAGUAGCAAUUACUAAUGAAAAAGAUUGUGUACUAGGGCAUGAACAGCUUCAAGGGGCUAUUUUUGGAGUCCCCCAUCAGAGCUCCACCUUUUUUGCUUGGAGAGCUGACAGAUGGAAAGGAACAGAUUAGGUUUAAGGAUUCAUCACUCUGGAUCCUCACAAUCAGAGGAAUCUGCUUUAGAUUUGGAAAGAAACUACUGCAAUCAUUUGCCUUGGUCAAGCUUGUCGCCACUUCAACCCUUUACUUCAGGGGGGCAGCACUCUGAGAGUAAUGCUGCCUACUUCUCCUGGCCCACAUUGAGUCGACUAAAUGAUGCAGCAGAAGACAGGGCAAACUAUUUUGGAAACCUUCAGAAGGGGGUGCUUCCGGAAACUCUUGGGAGGUUGCCAACAGGGCAGCAAGCUACCACCUUGCUCGAGCUAAUGACCAUUAGGGCAUUUCAUAGCAAAAUAUUGAGGCGGUUUAGUCUUGGAACAGCGAUUGGAUUUAGAAUCCGAAGGGGUAUUUUGACGGAUAUUCCUGCAAUUCUUGUUUUUGUUGCCCGUAAAGUUCAUAGGCAAUGGCUUAGCCAUGUCCAGUGCCUACCUGCAGCCCUUGAGGAAGUUAAGUUGCCUUUUCAUUGUAUGGGCCAGGGACCAGGAGGAGUGUGGUGUGAUGUAGAUGUUGUAGAAUUCUCAUAUUAUGGUGCUCCUGCAGCAACUCCAAAGGAACAGUUGUAUACUGAUCUCGUGGAUGGCUUGAGAGGAAGUGACCCAUGCAUUGGUUCUGGAUCGCAGGUUGCUAACCAAGAGACAUAUGGAACCCUGGGUGCGAUUGUGAAAAGCAGAACAGGUAACCGCCAGGUUGGUUUCCUCACAAAUCGGCAUGUUGCAGUUGAUCUGGACUACCCAAACCAGAAAAUGUUUCAUCCUUUGCCACCAAGCCUUGGACCUGGGGUGUAUUUGGGUGCUGUGGAGAGAGCAACCUCAUUUAUCACUGAUGAUCUUUGGUAUGGAAUAUUUGCUGGAACAAACCCAGAAACAUUUGUCCGAGCAGAUGGGGCCUUCAUUCCUUUUGCAGGAGACUUUAACAUGAACAAUGUAACUACAACUGUCAAAGGUGUUGGCGAGGUUGGUGAUGUCCAUGUUAUAGAUUUGCAAGCUCCAAUCAAUAGUCUCAUUGGAAGGCAAGUUGUCAAAGUUGGAAGGAGUUCUGGCUUGACUACUGGGACCAUAAUGGCCUAUGCACUAGAGUACAAUGAUGAGAAAGGGAUUUGUUUCUUUACCGAUUUUCUUGUUGUUGGUGAGAACCAACAGACUUUUGAUCUUGAAGGUGAUAGUGGAAGCCUCAUUCUCUUAAAGGGUCAGGAUUGUGAGAAGCCACAGCCAGUUGGGAUCAUUUGGGGUGGGACAGCUAACCGUGGUAGGUUGAAGCUUAAAGUUGGCCUACCCCCAGAAAAUUGGACCAGUGGAGUUGAUCUUGGUCGCCUGCUUGACCUCCUUGAACUUGAUCUCAUUACUACCAAUGACGGGCUUCAAGCAAUGAUAUCAAGUUUCCAACAUUUGUUUCUUCAAGAGGGGAUGCCAGCCUAUCUGCAGUUCAAGAUCAAAGAAAUGCAUCAGCACCGGCAAUAGAUUCAACAGUUGGAGAGUCAUCUCCUCUAGACCGAGUGCCAUCCAAAGAAAAAAUUGAAGAAAACUUUGAGCCUAUUAAUUUAAACAUGCAACAAGGGGUAGUCAAAGGUGAGUCUCAGCAAGGACAGUCUCCACUCUUCAUUGGCCCUGAAUUUCAUAUAGAAGAUGGGGCAGAAGCAGCUCCUAAUGUGGAGCACCAGUUCAUCCCAAGUUUCUCAGGGCAAUCGCUGAUGCAUGACAACAAACCUCAGGAAACCCCAGAACUGAAAAACCUAUCGGCGUUAAGGAGUGACUCUGAUGAGGAGAUGUGUUUUUCGUUGCAGUUAGGCAAGCCUGAACCGAAGAGAAGAAAGCAGUUGGAUUGACCUUUUAGCAUCAAGGAAUCAAAGUGAAGGAUCAAUGUUGCCAAUGCUGCUUGAAAACUCCUGAAAACUGAAGUCACAGGAUUGUUUUCUCAUUCUUCCCCAGUUGCUUGGCCAUCAAAUUCUGAAUUGUAAGUAUCCUGAAAUGUUAAAUCGCAAAGAGAAAUUUUAAGGUUCAUACCUUCAUCUAGGUAAAUUAUGAUUCUUUUUUCCCAUGUUUUGGUUAAGGUUACAGCUUUAGGUUACAUAUGUGAGUUAUACAAUAUCCAGUAGAAAAUGUUUAGGGAGGUGUACUUCAUUAAAUAUAUCUUCAAUUGUAUUACCUUGUCAAAAUGGUUGUACCAUAAGGACUCCUAAAAUGGGGGAAUGAACAGUUGGUUAAAACAUAAAAUGUCAUUUUGACAAAGCCAUGUUGGUUC